AUGCUUAGAAUAGCUGCCACCCUCCUGUGUUUUCUGACAACUGCGGCGUCACUGGACAUCGACACGUCGGACGGAGGUUACAAGGACAUAUGGGUUUCCAUCAGCGAAAGCGUUCCUUACAACGAGUCCAUCGUUGAGAACAUCAAGGCUCUGUUCCGGUCUUCGUCCGAGCUCCUGCACAAGGCCACCAAUGGGCGCGUCUACUUCAAGCACGUGACCGUCGAGGUUCCCAAGACCUGGCCGAAGAGAGGCAGCGCCCGCGCCCUGUCGUCCGGCUUCUUCGACAGGAGCGACGUGCGCGUCGACCAGCCCACCGCGCUGCACGGGGACAGGCCGUUCACCGUGCAGAAGAGACGCUGCGGAGAACCCGGAGACUUCAUUCAAGUGACGCCCGCGUUUCUGGCCGCCAUUGGCAACUCGACGGCAAAGAAAUUGGAGAACGCAGGCAAGCGCCAUUUCCGCAUUUUUAGUAUAUGA